AUGUCGGUGUUAGUAAGCGACCUUCCUCUGGUGAAGUUUUACUGGGAUUUGACCAUGCUGCUCCUGAUGGUAGGGAACCUGAUCAUCAUCCCUGUGGGCAUCACCUUCUUCAAGGACGAGAACACCACCCCCUGGAUCGUCUUCAACGUGGUGUCGGACACGUUCUUCCUCAUCGACCUCGUCCUCAACUUCCGGACAGGCAUCGUGGUGGAGGACAACACGGAGAUCAUCCUAGACCCGCAGAGGAUCAAGAUGAAGUACCUGAAGAGCUGGUUUGUGGUGGAUUUCAUCUCCUCCAUCCCCGUGGACUACAUCUUCCUGAUCGUGGAGACCCGCAUCGACUCGGAGGUGUACAAGACGGCGCGGGCCCUGCGCAUCGUGCGCUUCACCAAGAUCCUCAGCCUGCUGCGCCUGCUGCGCCUCUCGCGCCUCAUCCGCUACAUCCACCAGUGGGAGGAGAUCUUCCACAUGACCUACGAUCUGGCCAGCGCGGUGGUGCGGAUUGUCAACCUGAUUGGGAUGAUGCUGCUGCUGUGUCACUGGGAUGGCUGCCUCCAGUUCCUUGUGCCUAUGCUGCAGGACUUCCCUGACGAUUGUUGGGUGUCCCUCAACCGCAUGGUGAACGACUCCUGGGGCAAGCAGUACUCCUACGCGCUGUUCAAGGCCAUGAGCCACAUGCUGUGCAUCGGCUACGGGCAGCAGGCGCCCGUGGGCAUGUCGGACGUCUGGCUCACCAUGCUCAGCAUGAUCGUGGGCGCCACCUGCUACGCCAUGUUCAUCGGCCACGCCACCGCCCUCAUCCAGUCGCUGGACUCCUCUCGGCGCCAGUACCAGGAGAAGUACAAGCAGGUGGAGCAGUACAUGUCCUUCCACAAGCUGCCCGCAGACAUGCGCCAGCGCAUCCACGACUACUACGAGCACCGCUACCAGGGCAAGAUGUUCGACGAGGAGAGCAUCCUGGGCGAGCUGAGCGAGCCCCUGCGAGAGGAAAUUAUAAACUUCAACUGCAGGAAGCUGGUGGCCUCCAUGCCCCUCUUUGCCAACGCAGAUCCCAACUUUGUGACCUCCAUGCUGACCAAGCUGCGGUUCGAGGUGUUCCAGCCAGGGGAUUACAUCAUCCGGGAGGGCACCAUUGGCAAGAAGAUGUACUUCAUCCAGCACGGGGUGGUGAGUGUCCUCACCAAAGGCAACAAGGAGACCAAGCUGGCAGAUGGCUCCUACUUUGGAGAGAUCUGCCUGCUGACCCGCGGGCGGCGCACAGCCAGCGUCAGAGCCGAUACCUACUGCCGCCUCUACUCCCUCUCCGUGGACAACUUCAACGAGGUGCUGGAAGAGUACCCCAUGAUGAGGAGAGCUUUUGAAACUGUGGCUCUCGACAGGCUGGACAGAAUUGGCAAGAAAAAUUCCAUUCUGCUGCACAAAGUCCAGCAUGACCUCAAUUCUGGUGUGUUCAACUACCAGGAGAAUGAGAUCAUCCAGCAGAUCGUGCAGCACGACCGAGAGAUGGCACACUGUGCCCACAACGUCCAGGCCGCCGCCGCCGCCGCCUCCACUCCCACCCCUGUCAUCUGGACUCCGCUCAUCCAGGCGCCCCUGCAAGCUGCAGCAGCCACCACUUCUGUUGCUAUAGCUCUGACCCACCACCCACGCCUCCCCACAGCCAUCUUCCGCCCGCCGGUGUCCGUCUUGGGGUCCCUGGGGCAGCAAUCCAACCAGACUCCCAGGCCGGUGAAGAGGCUGCAGUCUCUGAUCCCGUCGACUGGCCCCUCUGCUGUCGGCUCUCCCUCCAGUACCCCCUCCCAGCUGCACACACCAGGAGCAGAAACCCCUUCAUCCUCUUCCUUCCACAUCCAGCAGCUCGCAGGAUUCUCAGCUGCUGCCGGCUUAGGCCAGUUCCAGGUGGGAUCCCCUCCGGGUGGCUCAAGCCAGCCAGGUUUGAGCAGCACAUCCUCGGUGGGACUGAGCCAGUUCCAGCAGGCAUCUUCUGGAUCACCCUUAGGUACAGCUCAGCCCAUGCAGCAGCAGCAGCAGCAGCAGCAGCAACAGCAGCAGCAGCAGCAGCCAGCCCUUUCCAGCAGUGGAUUUGGGCACUUCCAGCAAGCCACAACUAGUUCCCCAUCAACCUCACUCACCCAGCUCUCGUCAAACUCCCCCCCUAGUCUUCUCAACCAGUUCCAGCCCACCACAAGACAACUGCAGGCAGGACAGUUACAGCAGCUCUCGGGCAGUGGGACUUUGGGGGGAAUGAAUCACUUCCAACCCACUCCUUCUUCCAACUCUCCAUCCUCCAGCCUAAGCCAGCUGGCACAGGCCUCUGGUGGGCCAUCCUCAGGCCUGUGCCAAACACAUCCAAGUGCAUUAGGAUCUUUAACUGGAACGAUAGCCCAGCUCCACCAAGAGCGGCCACCCUUUGCCUCCAUGUCUCCACUACAGCAGUCUGGCGUCGCCUCUCCCUGUUACACCCCUUCUGGCCUUAGUCCUCCCAGUCAGAGCCCAGUGGCAACAAGAACUUUUCAGUGUGGCCCUUCUGGGGCCUCAGGCUCUCACGGCUCUCUGCUCCUGCCUCAGACAGCCAGCCCACCUCCACAGCUCCUGCAGUCCAAGAGCACGCCGCCCGUGCCGCCGGGACGCCUGAACCAGGACCUCAAGUUGAUUUCUGCUUCCCAGCCAUCUUUGCCCCAGGAGCUGGCUCAGACGCUGAGCCAGAGUUCUCCUCAUUCCUCCAGAGAAUCUGUUUCCAGCUUCUCUCCUUUCCCUGGUGGAGGGCCUGGACUCCUGGGGAAGCCUUGUAGCUCAGUUCCUGGGCGCGUGACUUUGCCGCGGCAGAUGUCCUCAGGUUCUUUACCACAUCCGCUGGUGUUCGGGGCCGGCGCCGCCGCCGCCUCGCUGACUGCUGCCGGGCGGAAGGAGUCCCUAGUGCUCACGGGGGACCUGGAACCUGUCAGAUCCAAACUGCCCUCCAAUUUGUGAGGACUCCUUCUGUCAGCCCUGCAGUUCAGUUCCCAGUUAGACUUUUCACGGCCCAGGUUUUC